CCCCCGGGCGCCGAGGCCGCCAAGCAGUGCAGCCCCUGCUCCGCCGCGGCGCAGAGCUCGUCGGGGCCCGCGGCGCUGCCCUACGGCUACUUCGGCAGCGGCUACUACCCGUGCGCCCGCAUGGGCCCGCACCCCAACGCCAUCAAGUCUUGCGCGCAGCCCGCUUCGGCCGCCGCUGCUGCCGCCUUCGCGGACAAGUACAUGGACACCGCCGGCCCCGCGGCCGAGGAGUUCAGCUCCCGCGCUAAGGAGUUCGCCUUCUACCACCAGGGCUACGCGGCCGGGCCUUACCACCACCACCAGCCCGUGCCUGGCUACCUGGAUAUGCCGGUGGUCCCGGGGCUCGGGGGCCCCGGCGAGUCUCGCCACGAGCCCCUGGGUCUUCCCAUGGAAAGCUACCAGCCCUGGGCGCUACCCAACGGCUGGAACGGCCAAAUGUACUGCCCCAAAGAGCAGGCGCAGCCUCCCCACCUCUGGAAAUCCACUCUGCCCGACGUGGUCUCCCAUCCCUCGGAUGCCAGCUCCUAUAGAAGAGGGAGAAAGAAGCGCGUGCCUUACACCAAGGUGCAAUUAAAAGAACUGGAACGCGAAUAUGCCACGAACAAAUUCAUUACCAAGGACAAACGGAGAAGGAUAUCAGCGACAACGAACCUCUCUGAACGGCAGGUCACAAUAUGGUUCCAGAACAGAAGGGUCAAAGAGAAAAAAGUCAUCAACAAACUGAAGACCACUAGUUAAUGGAUUAAUUAUGGAGCAGAGGGAACUUGAAGAAAUGCUUCAGAACUCAUUGCUUUGCCCAGAUAAUAACAACACUUCGUAAUAACUGAAAAAAUGGAAAGAAAGACAUUGGCAUUUGGCUCUCUGCAGGGGAGAAUCUCUUUCUCUGUAAUGGAAUCUACAACUUUUUAAAAACUUUAAGAAAUGAUAAAGACCGCCGGUUCUCCCGCCAACCCCACCAGACCGUUACAUGACAAAACUCUAGAGUCAAACGUCAACCCCUAAAUACGCAAUUUCAGAUAAGUUACACAUUUACUGAAAUCUUGUAAGUAUUUAUGUGACCGUUGUAUUUUAGGAUGCUAUGUUAGAUGGUAAUAAUUCGAAAGUUGGUUACAAAAGCAAGUGGCUGUUGUAAGCAUCUGCUUGUCCUGCUCACGUCGCCAUCCCUUUGCAUGUUGUCUGCUCAGGUAAAUCUUAGUGAAAUUCCUCUGUUGUAUGUUCUGAAAUGUUUCACGUAUAGGCUUAGAAGGGGGAAAGAGAAGGUACUGAAAUAAUCUAGAACUAUUUACUCUGAAGAGAGAAAGGAGAGCUCUUCUGAAGAUCAUAUAUCUUCAUAGCAAAUACAACCAGCAUAAACCUUUGAGACUACAAAGGAAUUCCAGGUUGAUAAUGUCCUUCUGAGAAUAAUUUUUAGUUGCUUAUAACAAGCAUAUUUUGGCAUUUGGACUACCGCAUGAUCAGUGAUUUUCCUGAGAAUUGAGUGUUUUUUAAAAAAACAUUUCAGUCAACAUAAUCUGCAGGAUUCCUUUUAUGACAUAUUCCCCAGGAGGUCCCACCCCAAUAUGAUGGACCUUGGUUUUGAUAUAAUUUGUUUUUUCAUCUAAAUUAGUAUUUUCCAAUAUUUGCUAAAUAUUUUGCUGAAAAUUAAUUUUCUUGUUUUUAGUUUUUAGAAAAUUCAGAAUGGAAAUUUAUUCCUCCAAAAUAUUUAGAUGUUGACAUCCUAUUUUUUGGUCUUUUAAGGAACUAGUGUUUUCCUUGUUUAUUGUGUUAUAAGAUUGCAUUAGAAAGUUUAAGAAUUCAUCCUCACAGCACAUUUUUAAUCAAGCAGUUAUCGCAACCAGCACAUUUGUUUUAUUCAUACUCACUUUAAAAUACUAUUUUGUAAAUAAAGACAUUCAGCACACUGUGAAAAUGUAUUUGUGCACCUGCUUUUUAAAUAUUUCUAUUAAAAAUGGAAAAUUUAGACCUGUAGAUAGUGUGAUACAGUGGUAUUAAUUCUGUUAAUAAAAUAGUCACUGCCAUUAAAAUCCGAAGGAAACACUCGUUACUUUCCUUUGCUAAAUGUGCCCUGCACGGAAAAGGAACAGGUUUGUCUCAUACAAACCAAGAACUGUUCUUUUCUAUUACUCAGUUUUUGGAGGGGUUAAUUUUUUUUUAAAAGAAAAGGGAUAAAUCUUUCAUAGCUAAAAUUCUGUAAAUGAUAAGUGCUUUAAGGAGACAAAAGUGUCAGGUGAAAGGGAAAGGAAAGAAAGGAGAAAGAGAUAGUAUAAAUUCCCAGGCUCCCUGUUGAAAAUAAAAACCAGUUGCUUAGUAUCAGCAAUGCUUAGGCUGUCGUAUUUUAAAAUCUGCUGCUGGGUCUGAAUGUGUCUGAAAGGGCAGGUUUUGAUAUUUGUUGAAAUGACAGGACUAGGAAAGGCCUUAAACCUUGACCUUGAAGAAAAAAGACAAUUUGUGACCUUGACUUUUGACAGCUCAUGAAUUGGCCUGAGCUGGAUUAGUAGAUCAAGGGCGCCACCUGGUGUUGACAAGCCUCCUUGUAAUUCUUCAGGUUCAAGGGAAUCAAGAAUUCUUAACCUUGACUUGUUAUUUUAGAGAUUUAGUAUUCAUUUAUUUGGCUCCAAAUGGAGCAAAUUUGA